AUGCAUGAGUCCGGUGAAGGGUAUGAGGAUCUGCCCAAGAAGGAUCCAGAUAAGGUUGUAGGACACGAAUCCAAUCCCAAUCAUGGUGAAGCGCCUGAGUACGUGAAGCCGCUUCCUAUCACCCCCGAGUUCGAAGAUGGUUAUGGAGAACUGCCCACAAAAGACCCUGAUAAGGGUAUCAACGUGAUCAAGUAUUCAGGCGAUGGCCUAGCCCGCAGAUAUGAGUCUAAGGUGACUCCAGAGGCCGAAAGUAUACGAAAUGUCAAGCCCCACAGUGACAUCCUCGCGCUCAAUAUGCCGGAAGGCACCUACAUCAUUUGCGGCGAUGAGAUUGCCCUGUUCGAAGCCAAACGCGAGUCUGAAUGCAGCAGGAAGUCGGAAAUAGCACAGGCCCUGGACUCAGUGCAAGAGCACAGUGAGCAUAAACAUAAAGAGCUAAAGCCUCCCGGCCUCAAUGACGAGCUCAAUCGUUAUUGUUCUACGUUGUGUACCGAGUUCCGCCACGAGGUUUCCAUGCUCAAGACAGUAGAGGGCAUCUACGUCGUCCAGGGUAACCUUGUGGUUCUCUUUGAAGCUGCGCAAGACGUAGAGUCUGAGGUCCAGUUCAGAGGCGAGCCUAGCCUAGCACAAGAUGGGGCUGAGCUCAAGGAUAAAGAGCUAUGGCCUCUCAGCUUCAGCAGUGUGUUCGGAAAUUCCGACUCAGUGGAUGACUACACACGGGAUUCUGGAUGCGAAUCCGACAUCGGCUUUGAUGCAGUACCCAAGGGCAUUGGGUUGAUUGAUCCCCCUGAAGUCAUUCUUAUGUGCAAGUCAAAUCAUGAAGAACGGGAUUGUGAUUUGAUUGGCAAACACGCUAUCAUACAUGGCAGAAUCGAUGCAGUGAAAAGGCCUACCUUCGAGACUGCCGUUAAUGUUAGUCCUGGUAUCGGAGCACCCAAGCACGUGAAAGCCCCAUAUUUCCCUGGCGAUGGCUAUGAAUGCUGA